AUGGCCUCCAAUCUGAAUCACAACUCGUUCGGCGGCGCAGUCACGAGCGGGGGGGACCCCUUCACAGUGCGCAUCGUCAACGGCACGUGCACCGCCGCCACGUGCAGCGCUUACGUCACCGACCACGCCGACGGCACAUACACCGUCACCUACUCGUUUUCUUCCCCCGGGGUAUACCAGCUGAAGAUUUCGCUGAACGGGGUGCCAGUCGGAAGCGGGACCGCCGCCCCCAGCCCCCUGUUCCUGACCAUUCUAAACAAGAACGCCCUUCUAGUUCUCGACCCAGCCGCCACUACCGCUUCCGGCAAGGGCCUCGGAGGAAGCAUUGCCGGCGUCCCAGGGAGCUUCGUCAUCUAUGCAAAGGACAAGAACGGCCUUUCUCUGGUCGUGGGCGGCGCGCAGUUCUCCCUUUCCCUGACGCCCAAUUCGUCCGUAACCACCGCGGUCAUCGACAACCUCGACGGAACCUACAGUGCCUCGUAUACUGCCACAAAGGCUGGGCCCUACACAGCGCGUCUCUUUUACAACAAAACCAUCCCGGUUAGCGCGGUCUCGGGGCAUGCGCUGAACGUAACCCCCGCCGCGACCGCGGCCGCCAACACGACACUUGCCGUGCCAUUCGUGGCGAAGGCGGCCGCGGGGUCUGCCCUCGUGGCGAAGAUCGCCCCAGCUGACGUGUAUGGAAACCCGGUGGCUUACGGCUCAGGUUACGACCCCGCAAAUGACGUGUUCGUGCUCCUGAUUGCUGACGUCACGUCAGGCCACCGGACGUUUAACCCCGCGGUCUUAACCGACAAUGUCUACCAAAUAUCCACGAACCUGACGACCGCCGGACCGUACGAAUUGACCGUUCAACUGGGGGGGGUGCCUAUCGCCACGCCCAAAGCAACGGUAACGAUACUCCCCGGGGCGAUGAGUGCAACCAAGAGCAGCGUCCAAGGAAGCACUUUCCAGUCCACCGCGGGUUCGGAAGCAUAUCUACAGCUCAGCCUGCUCGACGCCUUCGGGAACGCGGCCGCGGCGGGCGCGUCUUGUACUGCUACGUUCACGGGCGCGACUGGCGCCGGCGCGGUUUGGCCGUGCGACGCGGCCUCGCGGGUGAAGUAUAACCUGACGGUGGCGGAUACUUAUACAGUGCACGUCGUCGCGGCUCAGGGCGCGGCCAGCAUUUCUGUCGGGGCGGUCUCCGUUUCCGUUCUGCCCGCCGCGCAAAGCGCGCUUGCAAGCAGCGCGAGCGGCCCCGGGCUGACCCAAGCGCGCGCGGGCGUGGCCGCAAAUUUCACCAUUCUGACUUCCGACCUGUAUGGCAACCCCGUCGAGGGGCAAGCGAGCGGUUUCAUUGUCCAGCUCAUAAGCGAUGCGAAGGGCUUCACGACUGUUGGAAACGUGUCGAGCAACGCUGACGGGACGUUGGUGGGCAGCUAUACGGUGACCGCCGCGGGCACGUACAAGUUAUGGGUGAAAGUCGGGGGAGUUGCUAUUGGAAGCGGCACGCCAUUCGUGCUGACUGUGAAGCCCGCUUAUACAAGCGCAGCUAAUACGUAUGCGCGGCUGGCCGGCUCUUCCGUCCCGCUGAGCAGCGGAACAGUUGCGAGCGUCACAGCGGGGCAGACAGGGCAGAUUGUCAUCCGUGCCGUCGAUAUGUUCGGGUACUCCCAAGUGGACGGGAGCAGCGGGAAGCAGAAAGUGGUUGAUAAGUUUGCGGCCGCGUUUGGACCAUCAACGGUGAUGGAGAAUGACGCCCUGGUUCCGACUGGUGCCGCGCUGGGGAGCACCGUUGAUAAUGGGGACGGCACAUACAACAUCUCGUUCUCGGCGACCAAGUCCAUGAACGGCACCGUUCCUUUGACCUUCUCCCUUUCCGUCACUCUCAUGACCGGCGCGGGUGGCGCUGCGCCGAUCUCCGGAAGCCCAUUCCUCUUCACCGUCACUUCGGGGGCGGUCAACCCUUCCUCCUCCGUCUUAACCCAAGUCAGCAACGGCGAGUCCAGCGUGGGGCUGACGUCAUCCUUCCUGCUGACCACAAGGGACGCGUACGGAAACAACGGGCAGUACGUACCGGGAACCUUUUACGCGGUUACGGCGGACGCGGUGACGACCAUGCCGGCCGCGGCCGGCGUUGGGCAAACGGCGGCCGCGAGCAUCAUGGCCAUGCUCCGGGACACUUCUACCGGGCAAUCGAGGGCCCCUGAGGCAGCGGGGCUGCUUUUCGUUGGCGCCCGGUUCUCCAACGUGACUAACAACUACGACGGAACCUACACCCUGGUACUGACAACUCUCCAGGCGGGGCCGUAUAACAUAACCGCCAGGAUCAACAACGUGGUGGUUCAACCGGUCAGCGGGUACACGCUUCUUAACCAGGUUGUGCCACCGGGCCAAGACGCCCCGGGCGCCUUCACGGCGACCGGCCCAGGAAUCGGCGCGCUUAGCGUGGUCGCUGGCACGGAUGCGCAGUUAACCGUCCAGGCGCGCGAUCAGUUCGGCAACCCGACAAGCACCAACGUGAGCGCGCUCGUGCAAACCCUAGUGGCAAGCUUCCAGGUCAUGUCCGGGACGUCCAGCAGCUUCGUAACGCUGACGGGCGUUUCGGCCGUCACCGUUUCCGCACCCCGGGAGGGAGCGCCGGGCCAAAUCGUGGUCCCCUUCCGGCCGCUCAAAUCGGGUAACCUGCUUAGCUCCCUCAAGAUUGGUAGCAGCCCGGUUUCAACUCUCAAGGGGAGCCCAUACUCGGGCGUCGUUCUCCCGGGAGAGCCGGCCGCGGCCGCGUGCGUUGCCACCGGCCCCGGUCUGCGCGGCGCGCUCGUGUGCGCGAGUGGAGGGACGUCAUCCUGCGCCAACGCGAGCAUCACGCUCCUGCCCAUGGACUCCAACGGCAACCUGGUCAUAGAUCCGGCACAGGGUACGAGCCCAAAGGCCGCCACGUGUCAGCGCUUCGGAGUUUCAUUCUCGAGCCCGAAGUUGGUCAAUAUGGGCGACAUUCAGGCGGACGUAGGCAGAUGCGUGGUCGCCUACAGCGCCACACAGAGCGGCGCGCAGCGGAUCACCGUCACUUUUGACGGCCAGAUUGUCGGGGCGUAUGACGCGACGAUCCGGCAGGGGGUGGGUUCCGCUGACGCCAAUGAGAGCAUAUUGACCGGGGACGGAAUCAACUCCGUUAUAAAGGCGGGACAGCCGGCUGGCCUCAACAUCACUUUGAUUGACCGGAACGGACUUGCUCUACCCAACGGAGAGGGAACGACGGUCCUGGCCACAGUAACCCCAAACACCAUGACGGGAACAAACCCGGUUAUUGCCUUCACCGACAACCGGAACGGACAAUAUUUGGCUCGGUUCACGCCGCUGGUAACCGGGGUCUUCACCGUGGUUAUCACCAUCAACGGCCAGCCGCUCAGCCAGAACGCUGCCGGGUUCAACAUAACCGUGGCGUCCGCGGUAACCGACCCCAGUUCGACCCGGGUUAACAUCCUGCCCAACGCUCCGGUGAAGCGCGUACCCGACUUUGUAACCGUCCAGAUCUCCCCCCUGGACACUAACUUCAACCCCCAGGACUACGUCAUCCCGUCAACCGACGCCUUUUCCGUUGCCGGGAGCCGCCCGGACGGAUCGACGUUUGCCCUGACGGCGUCCAAAAUCGCGUCAGCAUCGGCGGCGGGUUACGUCUACAUGGCCAGCUUCGCCCCGCUGCAGAUGGGCGCUUACAGCCUGCAAGUGCUCUGGUCCAACGGGGGUGACGUCAGCAGCUACGUGGGCGGCGUGAGCAACGUGUAUUCGAUCAACGUGGUGCAAGGACCUGCUUUCCCGGCCCAGACGGUGCUGCGCGGGCUGGGCGUCACGCAGGCGUCGGCGGGCGUGAAGGCCUCCUUCUCGGUCAUCCUGAGCGAUGCAGGCGGGAAUCGCAUCACUUCCAAGAACGAUCUGGUGGCUGCCAACGUCACAGGCCAGGUGACGUCCAGCUGGACGGCCGCCACCGUUCCCGUCAACAUGACGGUCGUCCUCACGGAGGGCCAAGCAGGCUACGUAGGCGGCUACGUGCCUCUGCAGAGCGGCCCCGCGUAUCUGGACGUCUUUGUGGGAGGGAAGAUGCUCAGGUUUCCGAACCUCACAGUCAACGCAGGCGAGAUUGACACCAAGUCUUGCUCUGCCGCUCUCGUGGGCACGGAGCUUCUGGGAGUGUAUUCCGUGCCGGCCGGAGUCUCGUCAAAGAUCUUGGUGUAUGCCCGGGACUCGUACGGGAAUCCCGUCACUUCCGGCACCGCGACUUUCUCCGUCACAUUGCAAAACGCGGCCGCGAACGCGUUCCUCCGCCCGGACUCCGUCAGCUUUGUGAAGGACCAUUACGAGGUCGCUUACACGCCCGCAAAGGCCGGGGUCUACCAGAUCACCAUUAAGCGUGGCCAGGACCCCAUUGGCGGCGGCCCUUACUCCGUCACCGUCCGUCCGGGCGCCACUUCGAGCGCGGCCUCCAAGCUCCUCCCCUCCUCCGCGGCAAACUGUACCGCGGGCGGCUCGCACGCUGUAACGGUGCAAGCCUACGACGAUCAGGGGAACCCCCAGACCUCUUCCGGCGACAACUUCUACGUGAGCAUCACCGGGAGCAACGCCUGCUCGGGGGCGAUGAGCCCAAUCGGUUCCGGCCUGUAUUCCUUCAGCUGCCCCUGUGUUUCCGCCGGGAAAGCCAAGGGCGGGUUGACCGUGACGCUGAAAACGGCCGCCGGGAUGGACACCGUGGCGGCCAACCUGCCCCUGACCACGGUUCCCGGGCCGGUUAACGUGACCAACUUUCAGGUUAGCGGGGAAGCGCUGGCGGGGUUGGUCGCCGGGACCCCCGCUUCGUUGCUCCUGACCGCCAGAGACUCGGCCCUGAAUCAGCUCUGGGCGGGCGGGCUCAGCGUCUCCGUCACGCUGACGUCAGUCGCGGCGGGCGCAAUCAGGGCCAACGUCACCGACAACCGGGACGGUACUUACACUGCCUCGCCCGUGGUGGUCUCCGCCGGAACGUACCAGCUGAACGCCAACCUGGCCGGAACCUCGUUCUACAGUACCAGCGUGUCCGUCCAGGCGGCCGCGCCCGCGCCCGACUUAACGGUGGUGACUCUCCCGGUCGCUUUCACCUCCGGCCAACCGGGCACGUUCUCAGUCCAACUCGUCGAUCGGUUCCUUAACCCGGUUGGCACUCCCGACCUGGUUAAUGUACAAACCGCCCAGGUUUCCUCCGUCUCCAGCGCAUCUGGAGGCGUGAUUUCGCUGCCUGUCGCCAUAGCCCAGGACCCGGUAAGGUCUGUGUACACAGUUACGCUAACCCCAGUUGCGGCGGGGGUGGUCAGACUCUCUCUCGUAGUUGGCAAGAAAGCUGUUGUGAAUUCCACAACGGGGUUGGCCUACACGGCUGCAGUUAACCCGGGGAUCAUCUCGCCGGCAAACUGCCUGGUUGCCGGGUCCGGUUACCUGGCUGGCGCGGCGUCCAACCGGGAGGCCAGCUUUUUCAUCACGGCCCGUGACGCAAACAACACCGUCGGAGACCUUCUCUCAGGCAAAACUUUCUCCGUCACCUUUUCGGACCCCACGGUUACGUUAACCGGUCCAAUCACACGACAGGGCGGGGGAGUCUUCCGGGCGGCCUAUACCCCCACAGUCGCUCAAGUAUUGGCUAACCCGGGGGGGCUCCAAAUCGUGGUCACUUACGACGGGACUCAGGUUGGCAACAGUACGGUUACGCUCCUGGCCGUUCCGGGGAGCCCUUCCGCCGCGCGCAGCGUUGCCAUAGACGAGAACGGGGUGCAGCUGACGUCACUCGACGCGAUCGUUGGGCAAACGGUGACGUUUUACAUCCAGCCGCGGGAUGCCGCGGGUUUGGACAUCAAGAGCGUGGGCCCCCGGGACGCGUUCGGUGUGAAUGUGCCCAACGCCGGGAUAAUCAUCCCCACGCCGCUGGCAGACGGGCGCUACCUGGUGUCUUUCACCACUCAGGUCGCGCAGCCGGUAGCGGUAACGCUGACGAACUUCACGGACGCGAGCGUUACGCUGCUCAACAGCCCGCUGGCGGUGCGCGUCGCGCCCGGGCCUACCGCGGCCGCGGCUGCGAAGUUGCUCAAACCGGGCGGGGCGGAGGCGUAUUCCGCGCAGACGCCGGUCACAGCAGGGACGGAAAUCGUGAUCGUUGUGAGGUCUUAUGACGCAAGCGGGAAUCCGCAGAUGUAUAACGCGCUGCGAGGGGGCGACGUAUAUACGGCCACACUCAAGGGCCCGCUUACAAUAACCGCAGCCUCGGUUGAUAAUCAAGACGGAACGUACGAACUGCGCUGGACGACAACAGUGUCCGGAACGUAUAACCUGACGGUCUGGUUGCGGGACCCGGUUUCGAGCAACCUGACGGCGACCAGCGCGCGGGACGUGGCCGUUCUGGUCGCUAAUUCAUACUUCGCCAUCGGGCAGUGCGCGCUGAAGUCAGGCUCGCUGCCGGCCGCGACGGUCAUGGCGGGGGUCGAGCAGUCCUUCGUUGUGGUGGCGAGAGACGCUUUCGGAAACCCCUACAACACCGGGGACAAGUCGUUUGCUGUCAACUUUACCGGCCCGUCUUCCAUUCAAUACACGGUGACCGGAACGAGCGUGGCGAGCGAGUUCCGCGUCACCUACACAGCGACGCUUGUGGGCGCUUACCAGGCGACGGUCAGCAGCGCAGAUGACGUCACAGCUGUGGUGCCAGGCACUCCAGUCCAGAUCUCCGUGGUCCCCGGGGCCAUUUCUGCUCGCUUCAGCUCCGCCGCGGGCACCGGUCUCGCGGCCGGCACCGCGGGCGCGGCCGCGUCCUUCACCGUGACCGCGAAGGACGCGGCGGGGAACAUCAAUAGCACCCUCCCCACUGUUAACUUUUUGCCCGCAAGCGCCGUCCCCAGUGGUUCCGUCCAGCUUCAGCUGACGUUAUGCUCGAGCUUCGGAGUCGGCUGCCAGGCGCUGGUGACGUAUACGCCCGCGACCUAUGGCACUGUGACGGUCGUCAUCACAUAUGGGCCAACAGCCGUCGGUCCCGCUGGCGGCUUCGCGGUCGCCGUCGCGCCCGCGGCCGCGCCCCAACUCGUUGCCGCCAAGAUGGCCAACAGCCUCGGCGCCAUUUUGGUCUCUUUUGACCAAGACACCAACCUGGGCUCAACGGCAGGCUCCUCCCUAGCCAACUGCCAGACCCUGCUCGAUCCGGCGCUCUUGCCCAAGCUUGGUUCCGUCCCUGCCUGCGGAUUCCGUGACCGGAAGACUCUGGUCCUCACGCUCGGCAGCGGCGCCACGGUUUUACCUACCGGGUCCUCUAACCCGGACAGCGUAACUUUGCUACUGAACAUCAUUGGCAACGCCGCCCAGAGCUCGUACAAUGCGUCCGGGUCGCUUCCGAUCAGCGGCCCGGAUUCCGGGCCCGUUCCCGUUUCUGUGCUGGCCGCCCCGACGUCGGUCGGGGUGUGCGACCCGGUCACUUUGGACGCGUCGGCCUCGAGCGGGAGCGGCGGCCGGGGCCUGCAGUUCAGCUACUUCGUACAGGGCCCCUCCGACAACGCGACCGCGGCGCUGGCUGCCAAGCUGGCGGCCUUCACCGCGGCGGGCUCGUUCCCGGCCAUCACUCUGUCCGCCACCGACCUCCAGCCCGGCACUGGCUACACCUUCACGUUCGUGGUUCAGAACUUCAUGGGGACCGCCAGUGCCCCCGCCCAAGUCACGACCACCAAGCAGACCAAACCCGUUCCGGUCGUCUCGAUCGUCGGCUCCGGAACGGAAAACCGGCGCACCGCCAGCCGGGGCGACACCAUCGAAAUUCAGGCCAACGCGGCCGUUCCGUCCAAGCUGGCUUGGGUGAACGGAAACUGCGUUCCGGCGGAUUCCGCCGACCUGCCGAUGGUGUUCCAGUGGCAGCAGCUGGCGGGCCCGCUGGUGGACCUGUCUAGUUACCCGCCCAACUACCAGGCGUCGUUCCAGUCCAAGACGCUGACAGUGCCGGAGAGCGCGCUCGCGCUCGGGAAGGACUACACGUUCCAGGUAUCUUGUGCGAUGAAGGACGGCGGCGUGCUUGGCCAGGCUUCCACGGCGCAGGUGGUCCUCAGCCUGGCCCCGUCCCCGCUCUCCGUCAGCAUCGCGGGCGGCAGCCGCCUUCUGGGCACCACCCAGAACCUCACCCUUGCCGCUUCCGCCGCCGAUCCGGACGGUUCCGUCGACCAGAACGGGACUCCGUUUCCGUUCGCGUACCAGUGGGCCUGCAACGCGAGCCUGCCCGCGCAGGCGGCCGCGGCGCUGUUUCAGAGCGACGCGGGGAACAACUUCGGGCAGCAGCUGGUCAUCCCGGCGGGGGGGCUGCCCGAGGGGGUGUACGGCUUCACCGUCCAGGUUUCUCGCGAGCCGCUAACGGCUGGCCGGUCUUUGGUGCCUGCGAGCGCCACCAUAACGGUCCAGGCCGCGGGAGUGAUCAGCCUGGACGUCAAAGUAGUGGGCAGCGCGAAACUGGACGGCCUGCUGCCAUCCACGCAACUCCAGCUGCAGUGCUCUGCCAACGACGACACGAGUGUGAAGAAGAACAGCAUCGCGUAUUCCUGGGCCAUCAAGUCAGACAGCGACCCCCGGGGCAUCGACGAUCUGGCCCCGGGGUAUGACGACGGCAAGCGGAAGCUGCGUGUCAAGCCCAACAGCUUACUGGGCGGGCACGUGUACCAGCUGACGUGCGCGGGCGUCAGCACCGAGGGCGUAGGCGCGGCCGGCUUCGCGACUGUGUCGGUGAAGGUCUUGGGGGUGCCAUCGGGAGGAAGCGUCAGCCUGCAGCGCUCGCAGGCUGCUGACGUGGCGGCCAGCACGCAGUACACAUUGAAGGCCGUUAAUUUUGUGCCCAGCGACGACGCCCUUCCGGGCUACCUGCUGUACCAGUUCCGCUACAGCCUAAAUGGCGGAACGGAACAGAUCAUCGUGGCCAUGUCCACCGAGAACAAGGCCAAGUUUGUGCUACCGGCGGGCCAGAUUGUUCUCUUGGCUUACGUCAGCAACCCCGGAACGCUGGCGUCAGUGCCUGGCGAUCAGCCGCCAGGGUUCCGGUACGCUUUCGAGCCGUUCAAUGUCUCGAGCCCCUCGACAACAAGCAAACCCAAGCGGCGGAGCCUGCUCAGCACCGACUCGACAUCGAACCUCGUCGCCUUGGGACGCGGGCUGCUCUCCUUCGACAGCGUCAACUACACGGCGGCGCAGGAGAGCUACGAGAGCGUUUUUCUGCCGGCGGCUUACCAGACCCCGGACUACGCGGCAGUGCUGUCGUGGGCCGCCUCUUGGGGCGCCACUUUCGCGCCCGCGGACGCUCUGACGCUGCCGUGCGGAGAAGGGGACCAGCAGAUGAUGCUCAACAAAGCGGACGUCCUCAAGAUGAUCGGCCACCUGGAUCCCCUCAGCCCACCCGCCUUCUCACCGGGCGUGACGAGCAGCACCGGCGCCACCAUUGCCAACCUCCACGCAUGCGCGCUGACGUCACUCCUCCAGGUAGCCGACGAGGCCGACCUUUCCCUGGUCGUCUCCCCGAACCCCAAUCCGCUCUCGGCGACCGUCGCCGAAACCGCGCCCGCGGUUCAAACCGCGCUCACCACCUUCCUGAGCAAGCUCCAGCUAGUCGCGCUCCACGGGCUCGCCACGUCGCCCUGCGCUGGCGCAGGCGCGGCCGCGUGCGACAGCUAUGCCUGCUUCCGCGGCGCAGCCGACGUGCUCCUGCGCGCGCUCGCGCUGCACUGCGGCCGCCCCAUGGUGCCGCUGCGCUGGUGGCUUGAUGUCGCAGCAUAUACCCCGCUCGCGCUGGCGCGCGUAUACGCCCAGGACCCCUCGGUGUCAACAACUGGAAACGCUACAACGUUCUCGGCGACCACCUACGCGGGCGCUGCGGUGACGGCGUCGCCCAGUUCCACGCCUAGGGUGCAAGCAAGCGCCGGGGCGUUUGCGUUUGUUGCGGACGUGUCUGGUGCGGGUGACGUCAGUGCUUACUGUGUGGCGUACGAGGACGGGCUGGACCUCGUCCCCGGGGCUCCGCCGUCGACGCUGAAGACCGCGGCGCUCUUCUUUGAGCAGGAUCUAGCUCCGUACGAGCCCUCGUCCGGGAGCCUCAUCUUCACCGGCCUCAGCGCCCCGCCCCCCCGGCUCAUCUACGCCGUUGACGUGUACCAAGCCAACGGCUGCGAUAUCUGGACGAUGCCGCCUCUGGUUACGACCAGCUACACCACGUGCGUGUGGACGCCUGUCUCCACCAACCUGUCCGCACCGUACGACGCGGCUGCGUCCACCGCGACCGCGGCCGCCACCGUCUGGAACGCGGUCUACGUCCUACACACCAUUCCGGCUCCGCUCCCCGUGACUUCCGUUUCCGUCACAGUUUUCAAUCCCAGCUGGGACCAGCAGCCCACAAUCGCUGCCACCACAGGGAGUCUGAGCGUAUCGGCGACCACGGCGGGAACAAAUGCUGGCGGCGGGUCGCCCCACGACCCUAUCACGCUCAUGGCGGUUUCUUACGCGGGCGGCGCUCAGCCCGUUCCGCCGUCCAGCCUUCCGGUGUCCGGCUCCGCCCCGAUGGCCGCCGCGGCGGCUUUCUUCACCCAGGGUUUGGCUGGGGCAUAUCAACCGGCCUCUGGGGGGCUCACCUUCAGCGGCGUUCCGCCCCCUUGGAGCGGAACCGUACACGUUGUCGACUUCUACCGGGUGGCGAACUGUACGAUCACUUCACCUCCGCUGACGUCAGAAGCUUACGGGGCAUGCACAUGGGUGGUUGCCGCGAGGGGGAUCCCCGUCGCGCUUGCGGUUGCUCCGCAGACCGCCACUUUCUCACCCGCCCGCGGGUUAUGGAACGGUGUUUACGUCCUGUACCUGGCAAACUCCAGUUCCGUUCCGCUGGUGCCGGAUCCGUUACCCCCCGUGACGAGCACGGCGGUCACCGUGCUCCCUGCGAUGAACAGCACGCUCGCUGCGCAGAGCGGCGCCGUCUCAUUCUCCUGUGCGGCCUCCGGUUUGUUGGCGAUAACCGGGUACGUGGCAAAUUACCCAACGGCUGCCCAGGUGCCAAUUCCGGACGGCCUGUUACCUCCCGCCUUGAUUUCCGCCGCCGCUCUUUACCUGACCCAGGGACCUUCCAACAACCCCUAUUUCCCGGGCUCAGGAGCGCUGCUGUUCAGCGGCGUUCCCGCACUUCAAGCAAGCUCCCAAACCCGGGUUCUCGACAUAGCCGCCGGCUACCAAGCGCAGUACGUGGUGGACAUCUUCGAGGUCGGCCCCGACUGCUCCCCGCAGAUGCCCCCCGCCGGCCCGUCCGCCUUUGCGGGCUGCACGUGGUCCCUGGUUGCCGCCAACCGGUCGGUCCAGCACGACCCUGCCGCGCGUACCGCUAUGGUCGCCCUGUCGAGCGCCACCCACCAGAACGGGGUGUAUGUACUCCACGUUGCGGACGUUCCGCUGACCGCUGGGCCGACGCCGGACUCCGCCACGCCCACCCCGGCGCCUGGAGCGACCGGCUCACCCUCCUCGCCGCCCGCGCCAAGGCCACCCAACGGAACGGCCCCGAACGUCACACUGGCCCCGGGCGGUGCGCUUCCGACGACCGACAACGGAACCGGAAAGGGAACGGUCAGCGCUAGUGGGAGUACCGGCAAGACGACAAUCAUCAUCGUGGGGGCAGUAAUCAUUGGGGUUCUCAUCUUGGGCUCCGCGGCUGUUGCCGGUGUCCUCAUCCAGAAAGCCGAGGGCCAGGUGCGCUAUCGCCGCCGCCGGGCGCCAAUCGCCGCUGUGGCAGGACCCUCUCAGCCGCAGUAG